UUAUGCUUUACUCUUUUGUAGACACCGGGCAAUCAGUUGACAUGACAUUUACCAGUGACGGAAGUGUUGUGCGUAGCGGUUUCUCCUUUAACUAUGUCACUGAACUUGUCUACUGCAAUGCAACCAUAAACGGCACCUCCGGUACCUUUGAGUCACAGCCUGGUGGUUACGGCAGCCACAUGUACUGCACCUACACCAUCAACACCCCAAGUCCUGGAGAACUUCUUUUCAACUUCCCAUUGUUUGACGUUGAGAGAGACAGCAGUUGCCGAUAUGACGCUGUGGAGAUGGGAGGAGACAAGCUGUGUGGAACAAACAUCGGAGAGAAGACGUACAGUACUGAUGGUCAUUUCCAGUUCGUCUUCACAAGCGAUGGAUCUGUAAAUGGAGAAGGUUUCAAGAUAGACUUCACUUUCAUCCCUCAUGAAAUUCAGUAAAUUAAAGACAUGGGUGUUUUACCAUGAGACGGAAGACAUUCUAAAUAAACCACUUAAACGA